ACGGGCACAGUGGGAGAGAGAGACAAACGGACAGUGUGUGAAAGAGGGAGGGAGGCAGAAAGAGGCGUGAGAGAGGAGGAAGCACGCAAAGCUGUCAAACGCAACUCAAGAGGACCGGAGGGACAGAUGGAUGCCGCUGCUCAUUAACAGCGAAAUUGUUUUGAAUAUAAAGCUAUCUAUACUUAUAGAACACACAGUUUGCACUUAACAGUUCACAGGCACUUGAAUCGGAACCUGGACUUUUGGACAUCCGUGCGCUCGGCUGCGUGGAGGUGACAGGCUGGAUGCCAUGGACCCGCUGCUGCCCGCAGAGACGGAGGUGAUGGAGCGAGAGGCGGACAAGGACGCGAGGAGGAAGAUCCAGUUCUCCGUGCCUUCCUCCGUGCCCACCCAGCUGGACCCGCGACAGGUGGAGAUGAUUCGACGUCGAAGGCCUACACCAGCCACACUCUUCAGAUUGACAGACCCACCGUCACCAGAGGAAGACAUUGGCCCUCACCAGUGGGUUCUGGGAGAAAACAGAGCCUUGAAAGCCAAACUGGUUCACGCAUCAACCUACCAGCCACCCUCACUUAAAGCUGUCCAGAGGAUGGCCCAGGCCCACCUGUCCUCCCUAGAUAUGUCUUCUUUGGACAAAGAGGAGCCCUCUUCUGGGGAGGAAGAGGAAGAACGUGAGAAGGAGAUCCAGCAGACAGCAUCAGAAACAAAUCUAAGAGAAGAAAGCAAACCAGUCAGGGAUCAGUGUGCUCCGCCGGCCAGUUUCACAGGAAGUGCUGAUCUCAGCAGUCACCAUGGAGAUGAAGAGGAGGCCAAAGAAAGAGAUGAAGGAAAAGGAGAAUGACAAAAGAAGAGGACUCAGAUGGAGAGUGUUAGUGAGGAACAGACUUGCAUAGCGCACAUGUGGGCCAUAUGUGUGUGUGCACGGGUGUACGUAUGAGUGUGUGUUAUUUGGGUCUGUGGGUGUGUGCAUGCAUGUGACAAAAGAGUUUAAUGUGGAAAAAAAAGGGGGAGAGGAAAACAGACGGGCCUUGAGGAAGGUCAGAAUAUUAAUGAGCAGGUAUGAGGAAAAGUUUAACCUGAGACUUGUGAAGGAAGUCACGUCUUGGUCGGCCAAGGAAGCCAAGGCUAAAUCCCAAUCAGCCAACAGGUUCAACAGGAUUCUGCGACUUUCUCUUUGGGUAGUUUUUCCCAGAAAACUAUAUCCAUGUGUGAAGAAUCUGAUUUUGGCUAGCCUAUGUCACUGAGUGAUACUGGUGCUGAAACACACAACUCAAGAUAAGACUUCCAUGUGUUACAAGAGGUAACAAACUUACAUUUACAGUUCACAUAUACACAAUCUUAUGCAUAUUUUACAUGUAAGAUUCAAUUUUAUCUGUAGUCUGAAGUGAUGUUUGAGGGCCCUGAUGAGGUUGUUAUUUUAUAGCAUGUCUCAUACAGUUUGGCCAGAGGUUGUGGAUUACUGUAGUAUAUAAUACACUAUAUUACAUGAUAUACUUGAUGAAUAUACAGUACACAGUAAACAGGUGGAGAGCCAAUCCCUGUUGAAAUUUAACCCAAAAAACGACACUUUCAGUUUGCUUUCCUCCACCUUGUAGACAUAUGCAUGCAAGGUCAAGGAAAUCAAAGGAGGAUGGAUUACAGAUUAACAGUUUGAGUGCAGUCACAGCCAUAGCAGGUCAGAUUACAUCAUAUCAGACUAAUCCAACUAAUCAUGAUAAUGCAGCACAGUUUUUCUGGUUUAAUAUUAUGAACAGGCUUUUUGUAACAUGGCGAUUGGCAAACAUGAUCUGUUUUGGGAUGACAGAGAUGAUAGGUGGCAACUGAAAGAAGACCUAUUUUUUAAGUGUGAACCUUGUAUAUAAAUUAUGUUUUGUGUUGGUUGCUAAUAAAACAAUCAUAAUGGAC